GCCCCCAAAAAUUUCCCCCAAUUUCUUUCAACUCGCGUGUUUAUAGCAACCCCCCAAAAGGGCGAAAAAGAUGAAAACCCUCGGCAAAAAUUCCCAAAAUUUGCUCAUCAAAUCAGAAUCUCGGGGUUCUUCGAUUGCUUAAAGUAACCUAAUCUACAGCAUUUUCUCUGCAUAGCGUGGCAUUUUAAGCAAGAACAGGUUAUCAGUCUUCACCAGAAUUCUAUUUCCGCGGUGUCGUAUUUAGUGGUAUAUUGGUGACUGCGCAUCAAAAUUUGUGGUCAAAAUGCCAUCUCGCUCACAGUUCUCUCGAAUUGACACUCAAGAGCUCAAAUCACAGAUCUUUAGGAAACUUGGGCGCCAGAAAGCUGAAAAUUAUUUUUAUUACCUCAAGAAACUGCUGAACUUAAAACUCAGCAAGUUGGAAUUUGAAAAAUUGAUGCACAGUACAAUAGGGAAGGAAAAUCUUUCUCUUCACAAUGUGUUCAUCAAGUCAAUCCUUACAAAUGCUUGCCUUUCUCAUGGCCCACCCAACAGACAGACAACAACUGGACACUCUCGUAAUAAUAAAAUGUCUAAUGGGCAAAUUGGAGUCAUGUUUCCUAUGUCACCUCGGAAGGGAAGGUCUGUCACUAGCCGAGAUCGCAGGCUCAGCGACCGUCCAAGCCCGCUUGGACCUCACGGGAAGGUUGCAAGUGGAAAUGCCCAGGAAGUUACUAAUUCUUGCGAUCCUCAAAGGUCAAGAGAACAAACUGCUCCUGAAGUGAUAUCUAUUGGUAGCAAAGCUUUAUUAGAAGUUGUAUCUGUGGAGGAUGGGGAAGAGGUCGAACAAGUUAGAGGCAGUCCAGGUGUUCAAAGUAGAAGCCCAGUAACAGCUCCUUUUGGGUUGAGUUUUGGUAGUCUACCUCGUAAAUCACUUCAUAACGGUUCAGCUGCAGUUUUUCGUCUGUCUAAACCAAAUUCUUCAGAAAUGUGUCAUACAAGCUAUGAACUUCCUGAUACGAGCUCUUUGAGGAAGCAUUUGGAAGCUAAAUUGGAGCAUCAAGGUCUCAAUAUAUCGGUUGACUGUGUUAAUUUAUUGAACAAUGGGUUGGAUGCAUAUUUGAAAAGAUUAAUCUCUCCAUGUGUGGACUUGGUUAGAUCAAGAAGCAGCGAUGUGAUUAUGGACCGGCAAAAUGUGAACUUUAAAAGGAACAUGAAUGCAGUGUUGCAUGAAGAACAUGGGCAGAGAGCACAACAGUCUCAUACUGCCUCAUUGCUUGAUUUCCAGGUCGCAAUGGAAUCAAAUCCUCAGCUGCUUGGUGGAGACUGGCCAAUACAGCUUGAGAAAAUUUGCUCAUUUCUUGGAUGAGUUAGUUAUUGCUUGGACCUGGCUAUGACCAUUCUAGGAUUAUGAUCCGCACUUGAAAGAAUGCAGAUAAAUUGGUGUGGAGCUUGAAGAAAUAACUAACAAUCUACUCCAUAACAAAGGAAAUGUAUAGGUUAGAAGUGUCGACUAGGACUUUCAGCUCACUGAUAAAUUUAUCUCGAAACACUUGAAUUGGGGAAUCUGUCGAUUGCAAAAGUUCUCAAUCAGAAAAAAUAAGUUCCACAUGGAGCGGCAUCUUCUGAUGGUAGACAACAUGUAAACCUCUUUUGACUCAAUUUAUGCUAAAUUCAAUCAGCGUUAUAAUUA